AUGGUCGCAUCGGAGGGAGCAAACGCGUCACCUAGCGCGGUGCCGCUGGGAUCGCAGGAACAGCAGGCUUUAUUCGUCCAGAAGCGGCAAGCGCUGCUCGACCUAGUCGACUACGCUGGUCGCGGACAAGUGAAAUUCAACGAGGCGCUUCUUAAAGCCUUCGCACCCAUGCUAAAGAUUAAUCUGGAAGUCGACCCGUGGCCGCGCCUGGAACUAAUCUACCUGUGCCUGCUUCAGUAUGUCGCGACGCGUUACUACAUCGACCAGCAGUUCAUCUUAAAGCUGCUGAACCUGUUCGACGCGGAGGACCCUCGCGAGCGGGACUAUUUGAAGACUAUUCUGCACCAAACUUACAAGAGGUUCACGUUUCACCGGCCGUUCAUCCGUGAAGCAAUUGGCAACGCUAUCUACCAGUUUAUCGAGUCUGAACGGCAUAACGGCAUUGCGGAGCUGCUGGAGGUUCUAGGGGGUAUGAUUAACAAAUUUGUGCCGCCGCUUAAGGAGAAACAUAAGCAGUUUUUAGACCGAGUGCUGGUUCCGCUGCACAAGCCUGAGUGCGUGGCGAUGUAUCACGAGCAGCUGUCGUACUGCAUCACUCAGUUUGUCGAAAAAGACCCGAAGCUCGCGGAUUCGGUGCUGCGCGGGUUGCUUAAGUUCUGGCCCUUAACUAACAGCCAGAAUGAGCUGCUUUUCCUGGAGGAGUUGGAGAAGAUUUUGGAGCUCACGCAGGCGCCCGAGUUUGAGAUGGUCAUCACGCCGCUGUUCCAGCAGAUCGCGCGCUGUCUCAGCUCCUCGGACUUCGAGGUGGUGGAGCGCACACUGCGCCUGUGGGACAACGACUACAUCGUGGCGCUCACGGUGCAGAACCGCGCCACUAUCCUGCCGCUCAUCUUUGCAGCGCUCGAGCGCAACGCCAGAAGAUGCGAGGAGGAGAUCCUGCACACAGGUGGCGGAGUGUGUCAGUGCCUCCUCUCCCCCUCCGCUCUCCUUCGUCUUAUGAUGAGGCUAGCUAGCAGCAGAUCCUCCCUGCCUGACCCGAUGCACGCAUCCAUGCUGUGCUGCUCUCAUUCCUCUCGCUCACUCCUCUACCACCCCUCACCCAUUGCUCCCCAUUCUCUCUCCCACUCCUCCCUCUCAUCUCCUCCACGCAUCUUUCCUACUCUCCCUCACUCCUCUACCACCUCUUCCCUCACCCACUCCUCUCCAUCCUCUCUCCCUCUCCUCUCCCUCCUCUCCUCCUCCACUACUCUACUCCUCUUCCUCCUCAUCCUGACUGCUCUCCGCCGCCCCCUCCCGCAUUCCCCCCUCCGACCUCCUCUUCCCCCAGGCGGCGGUGAACAGGCUGACCAUCAACGUGCACAAGAUGUUUCUCGAGAUGGCCCAGCCCCGCCCGUGAAGGACGAGUGCCAGCACCGGUUCCUCCUCUGCCCAACGCAUGCUCUGCUGCUGCUCCCUUCUCUCCCCCUUUACUCUCCCUCCUUUCCGAUGCCCGCGGUGAACGGGCUGACCAUCAACGUGCGCAAGAUGUUUCUGGAGAUGGACCAGCCGCUCUACGAGGAGUGCCAGCGCCAGUUGCUGGAGGAGGAGGGCCGCGCUGCUGACGUGGAGGAGGUACGCGCCGUCACGUGGCAACGCCUGGAAGAAGCAGCCGACAGCAACACACACAGCCAAGGUACCACGAGAGGGAGGCUCAGGUGGAAGGACACAACAGAGGACACGGCCCCUUACCUGCUCUGUGUCUCCUUUUCUCUCUCGUCCCCUCUCUCAUAUUCCUUCACAGAAGCUCGCUUUGAGGAGGAAAAUCCAGCAGCUGCUGAAGGGGCGGAAGCAUCAGCAUCAGCAGGACGGAGGGGGGAGUAUGCUGGUGCUGCGGUAGAAAUGGAAGUAGCACAGCCAUAUGUGAAAUGGAUGGCAAGCAAGCAUCAUCCCCAUCUCGUGCGUCUGUUGGGCUAUUGCAUCGACUUUGACCCGUCCACACGAACCAUGGAGCAGCUUCUCGUCUAUGAGCUCAUGCCCAACGGCGACCUUGAAAGGUGGAUCGGCCCCGGUGUCUCUAACCCUCUCUCGCUGCUCCAAAGGCUGGACGUGUUGAUUGGAGUGGCCAAGGGGUUGCAGUACCUUCACGACUUCAAGUUUGUUCACCGAGACAUCAAGCCGGCCAACAUUCUCCUUGAUAAAAGGAUGCAGGCAAAGGUUGCAGACUUUGGGCUCGUGAAGCUGCUUGGAGGGACAUCUAUGGCCGCAUCUGAGGCUUCCACUCGAGUGGUGGGAACACUGGGCUAUAUGGACCCUGAAUACUACGAAUCUCAAAUGGCCUCUCCAGCAGCAGAUGUGUACAGUUUUGGCAUGGUGAUGCUGGUGGUUGUCACGGGGCGUAAGGCUGUGCUGGUGAUAGAGGGCAAGCGCGUCAACAUCAAGCAAUGGGUGACCCCUCUGGUGGACUCAGGAGCAGUGGCAGAAUUCAAGGACCCUCACCUGGAAGCACCGGAUGGCAAUGCAGCAGCAGCUGCGGCAAUUGCCGCUCGGGGGGGAGCGGACGCAGGAAAGGCGGAAUGCUCGCAUCCUUCUCCAGGCGGCACGAAUCCAACGGCUCCCGCUCGUCGCAACCCGAACGAAGAGAUUGCGCAGGCGACCUUGCCGCCUUUCGCGGAGCCGCUGCCGUUGUUAAAAGACGUGGGUGCGCAGGAGCAGCAGGCUCUAUUCAUCCGGAAGCUUCGCCUCUGCAGUUACCUCUUCGAUUUUAACGACCCAAUGAAAAACGUGAAGGAGAAGGAGAUUAAGCGGCAAACGCUCCUGGAACUAGUCGGCUACACUGAAUCCAGUAAGGCAUUGAAAGAAAUCAGGCGUAUGCUGGAGAUUAAUCUCUUCCGGCCGUUAACGCGGUCCGCACACGGCGAGAUGCCUAGGCCGACUAUGGAAGCCGCGUGGCCGCACCUGGAAUUAGUCUACGAGUUCCUGCUUAGGUAUGUCGUCUCUGAAGACACUUACCAGUCGCAUUGCAUCGACCAGAAUUUCAUCUUAAAGCUGCUGAACCUGUUCGACUCGGAGGACCCUCGCGAGCGGGAGUGCGUGGAGACAAGUCUGAACCGGAUUUACGAUAUGUUUAAUGUUCACCGGCCGUUCAUCCGCGAAGCGAUUGGCAACAUUGUUCACCAAUGGAAGUCGGAGCGGCGUAACAGCAUCACAGAGAUUUUCAGGUUCGCUAUAGUAACCGGAUUUGAGCUGCCGCUUGGGGAGAAGGAUAAGGAGUUCCUAGGCCGGGCGCUGUUUCUGUUGCACAAGCCGAGGUGCCUGCCUAUGUACCACCACCAGCUGCCGUCGUACUGCAUCAUUCAGUUUGUAGAAAAAGACCCGGAGCUCGCGGAACCAGUGCUGCGCGGGUUGCUUAAGUUCUGGCCCUUAACUGACAGCCAGAAGGAGGUGCUGUUUCUGGAGGAGUUGGAGGAGGUUUUGAAGGAGACUCAGUUGCCGGAGUUUGAGAUGGUCAUGACGCCGCUGUUCCAGCAGAUCGCACGCUGCCUCAGCUCCUCGGACUUCCAGGCGCCCGAGUAUCAGAUGGCCACGACGCUGCUGUUCCAGCAGAUUGCGUGCUCGCACUUUGAGCAGACGCCCGAGUUCCUGACAGUCAUGACGCCACUGUUCAUGCAGAUCGCGCGCUGCUUCGGCUCCUCGCACAUCAGGUGGUGGAAUAACGACUGCUUCUUGAUGCUCGUGGCUCAGAACUCUUAUGUCUCUCCCUCCACCCUCCCCCCUUUCCCCCCAACGCUAUCCCCUUCCCCUUCUGUCUUCAGAUGGUGGAACAACGACUGCUUCUUGAUGCUCGUGGCUCAUAACUCUUAUGCCUCUCCCUUCACCCUCCCUCCUUCCCCCCCAACGCAAUCCCGUUCCCCUUCUGCCUUCAAAUUGCGGAACAGCGACUACUUCGUGGCGCUCGUGGUGGCGCACAUUACCGCUUCAUGUGCGCCCUAA